AUGAAGAUUUCUGUAGACUUUAAUGAUUUAAAACUCUUUUGCAGCACUUUUGGAGAACUUAUGUAUUAUUAUCACUUUGAUGUGGAGAGCAAUUCUUAUGAAAAUAACUUGCAUCUUACUGAUAAUGAUAUAAAAUAUUUUGAUAUAGAAUCUAAUUUAGUAAAAGAUUAUGAAGUAUAUAAGAUAGUUAAGAAAAAUUAUUCAUUUUUAAAUUAG